UGCCUCCACAGCCGGCACAGUGACAGCAGCUGUCAGCCCGGUGCCUCUGGGUGGCUCCGUCUGCUCUGGAGGCCUUGGGUAGAAAGAAGGACACUACUCUCAGACUCGGGUCUCAGUGAUUUUUGCCCACUUCUGAAAUAUCAGACACGUCCUCCAAGAAAGAAAAUCGGCUUUUCCUGAGGCUACUCGGAACCUUCUGGCCGCCUCUGGUAACCACGGAGGAGAAUCUGGAGUGACUGGCCAUGGCUGGUGUGUGAGCCCUCAAGGCCCAGCAGGCAUUUGCAAGUGCCCCAGCUGAGGCCUGCUACCUCUGAGGGGCCAUGUCAGAAGGGGAGAGCAAGGACAGCUCGGGCAGCGAGUGCCCUGUGUGCUACGAGAAGUUCCGGGAUCUAGAGGGCGCCAGCCGGACCCUGAGCUGCGGCCAUGUGUUCUGUCACGACUGCUUGGUCAAGUACCUGCUCUCUACCCGGGUGGAUGGACAGGUGCAGAGGACUAUUGUCUGCCCCAUUUGCCGCUAUGUCACCUUCCUCAGCAAGAAGAGCUCCCGCUGGCCCUCCAUGCUGGACAAGAGCUCACAGACCCUGGCUGUGCCCGUUGGCCUACCCUCCGUGCCCUCACCAGAUCGUGGGGGCCACACAAACCCCCUGGCUGUCUCCCAGCAGGCCUGGAGACAGUCACCAAGCCAGGGGACUCAGCUCCCUUUGGACCUGCUGCCCGCCCUACCCCGAGAGUCGCAGAUCUUCAUCAUCAGUCGCCAUGGGAUGCCCCUGGGAGAUCAGGACAGCGUGCUGCCCCGACGCAGCCUGGCAGAGAUCUCUGAGGCAUCCCCAGCUCCCAGCGCCACCCGCUCCUUCUGCUGCCGGUCUCGGGCCCUCCUGCUCAUCACCCUCAUUGCUGUGGUGGCUGUGGUAGCUGCCAUCCUACCCUGGGUGCUGCUGGUGAGGAAGCAGGCAUAAGCGGCACCAUACAGAGGACAGGGAAGUAAGGCCCAGCAUCGAAGCUGCGCUCCACGCUGCACAGGCCAUGGCUUGGGAGAGGGUGGAGGGUCCCAGUGCAGACCUGGUGCAAGCCAGCUGCAAAAGGAAGUCCUAGGCUCAGAGUGGGUGGGGCUAGAUUGGAAGAUUUAAGGGCUUUGUCUCCACCCACUCCAUCCCUAGUCAGAGAGGGCUUUGGCAUGAGGAGAGGCUGGGGCAGAGAGCCUCUUAGGCUAGCGCUGAACCGAGCAGCUGAAUCCCCAGGUGUGACCUCAUGAGAAUCCCCAACAAACACCUCCUCUCUAGGCUGGAACUAAGCAAGCUAGAAGGUGGGAGGCCACUGCCCUCCUACAGGGUCACAGACUUUACCUGCCAAGGAACCAACCUGAAGCCAGGUAGACCUCCUAGGCACAAGGAAGUUCUACUGGCCCAAAGGAAGGAAGGCCUCUUCCAGGCCAGAAUUCCCUCCCACAGAAGUUUUACUGUGCCCUCAGGAGCAAACAGAAGUUGAUACAGGGUCCCAACUCCAGUUUCCAGCAUCUUAGCCCCAAAUCCGACCCUCAAGCAUCCAGCUGCUACCUCUUCUUGCCUCCAACCCACCAUCUUAAAAAGUCUUCUUUGAGAUGAUCUCAAAGGCUGUAGGCCUGGAUGAGGAGGGGGUGAGGCCAAAACAGAAAAGCUGUCUUCUGGGUAGUCAAGACCACAGCAGGGAACGACGGGAAAGAGGCCACAAAGGCAAAGUUUCUGCAACCCUCCAUGCCCAAGGAGCAGACCCAGUUUUAACAUAAAAGUCAGGGGAUGGAGAGGACGCCCUUCAGGUGAGACUUGAGUCAGCCGAGAGCUAGCUAUGUGAGCAAAUUAACCCCUGGGGGCUCCCACCUGCUCCCUGCCAAGUCCACCUCCUCGUGACCCAACCACUCAUUAGAGGCCACACCAGCUGGGCCAGUUUCUCAGGUGGAUUCUCGGGAGGUGAGCUGGGUGAGGAAGGGUGGGGAAGAAAACAGAUGUGCUUGUCACCGACACGGCUGUCUCAAUGAACGCUGAGAGCCAGGCACUACACAAGGGAGUACUCUGGUACCUCACUGAUGAAGUCCCUAAGGGGAGCCUUGGAGUGGGUCUCUCUUGAGGAAGUCCUCAAGGAAGCUAGUCCCUUAAGACUGAAAACAAGGACCUCUGGCUACUGUCACAAAUAGGAGGGGUUUGGCAUCCAGGGUGUGCCAACACCUAAGCCCAUCUGCAACUUCUCCACAAAAGUUUCCUGUCUGUGUGGGAAGAAACAAUGUUGUGCCCCUUAGCUAGUUCUCAGCUGUCUGCAUGGUUGACGUCUGGGGACCAUUAGGGAAGAGGCUCACCCUACAUGGCGACGCAGUGCGGCUGCUCUAUUUGCCCACUGCUUUACACUCUUUUUAAGACAGCACAGGUGCUGUGUGGAUGUGGAGGGGACAGGUAGACUGUGGGAGGGGGGAAAUAUUUAUUAUAGAAACAAAAGGAACAUAAACUUGCAAACUCGUGAGUGGGUGUGCACCUCGGGCAGGUUGCAUGAAUCAGUGUCAUGAGUAUCUAGGAAACUGAUUCAAGGCCUCUUAGAUUCUGUCAUGUUUGCUGAGUCUUUUCCGAACGACUUGUGAUGUUUUCAUAUUGUUCAGCUGCAACUUGUAGACGCUGCUUCUUUCAUUUUCAAAAAAAAAGAUCUAAAGUUAUUUUUAAAAUAAAAGUAUAUAUUUUCUCAGAGUCCAGAAGCCUUGCAAUGCAUGUAGACUCUGAAAGUGAUUCUCUAGACUGAAUAUACAGAUCCCAAGGCCCCAGAGACACUGACACUCACUUGUAGAAAAAAAAAUGUAAAUCAAAACCACUGGCCUCCAAUUGCCAGUUGGCUUAUUAAAUGCUGCUCCACCAGGGAGGCUGGGGGUGGCAGCGGCAGGUGAGUUGUGGGUGGGACUUUAUACUUGUAAAGUCUUAUGUACCACUCAAAGUUUCCACUUUGGCCCAGCAAUUUAUGCUCUAGAAAUGUAUCUUCUUGGUCCAGCUGUCUAGAUGGGUGGUGGCAUACACACAAUGUUAUAUGAUUGUAGUUGUCUUUGUAGUAACAAAGGCUUAGAAAACUCCAAAGUGAUAAUCAACAGAUACCUGUUAUUAGCCUUGAGGUCCAGGGCCUGAGGUCCUGAAGAGGUGAGCCAGGCACAGAACACUGGGUCCUGAACACUAUGAUUUAUUUGGAAAGGGGAAUAAAUAAAUAUAUUCCUACUUGUUCAUAUGUGCAUUACCUGGGGAAAAUAGAAAAAAAGAAAAACAACUAA